UCUGUCUCGGUAGUCAGUACACUGAGUGAUUCAACAUGGCUAACGUCAGAGACAGUGAUACUUCAUUGUGGCUACAUAAUAAAUUGGGAACUUCAAAUGAUUCGUGGACAGGUGGAUCAAUUUGUUCUCAGUUAAAUGCAGAAGUUUUGAGAAAUAUUAAGGAUUGUUUUCCUGACCUACAAACUCAAGUGAAACUGAAGUUGUUACUGUCGUUCUUCCAUAUACCUAGAAGAAAUAUUGAAGAGUGGAGAGUUGAAUUAGAAGAAAUCCUAGAGGUGGCACAAGUGGACAGUGAACAGUGGGUAUCAAUGUUGGCAGAAAUGAUGAGAACAAUACCAAGCACAGGCUCUUUUAAUGACGAAAUCUCUGAAAAUGAUGAAAAUAGAAGGAUAUUUUCCGAUCUUGUGAAUGACCUACGUAAGCUGGUGAGAAAAAAUGUUGAUUUGGGAAUGUUACCUUUGGAAUGUCAUUACCUGAAUAAAUCAGCUCUUGUCAGUGUAGUGGGUCAACAGUCACCACCAGCCAAACACUUUACACUGAAGAGGAAGCCAAAGUCAGCAGCUCUGCGGGCAGAGUUGCUACAGAAGUCUGCUGAUGCCAUCAGUAACAUGAAGAAGAGUACAACUCCUACAGUACCUGUAAGGUCCCGAGGGAUGCCAAGGAAAAUGACUGAUACUACACCCCUGAAAGGGAUUCCAAGUCGUGUGCCUACAGGAGGGUUCAGAUCACCCUCCUUGAACAACCCACUUAUGUCCAGACCAUCGCUGUCUCGUACACCUGCUGGCCGCAAGGAUGGGGGCAUCAAGCUACUUGAUAUAAACGAACAACCUCUGGGAUAUGCUCAAGCCAAGAAACGGAAAAGGAUGCAAGAAAUGGAGGAAGCUAAGCGAGCUGCAGAAGCUGCACAGAGCUCAGCUCCAAGUGCGGGUGGUACCACUCCGGACUAUGCUGUUGGACUGACGGCUCUCAACCCUGCAACUCCACAGCCCAUAUACACACCAACAACUCUCACCACUGCACCUGGUGCCACCACAACUGUGUUAACAACAGGACCAGCCUCACUGACUGAGACUGUCACCACCCCCACCACUCCUGCUGCUCCUGCUGCUGUUCAGGCAUCAUCUGCUGUACCAGUGGUCCAGGUCCGUCAAGCGCAACCACAACAGACGAUUGUGACGAAACUUCCAGUCCAAUCAACCAACAAACCCAGUCUAUCUCUCACGAGAGAACACAUGCUUGAGGCUCAAGACAUGUUCAGGACUUCCAACAAAGUUACUCGGCCGGAGAAGGCUCUCAUCCUGGGAUUCAUGGCUGGCUCAAGAGAGAACCCUUGUCCACGCCUGGGUAAUAUUGUUACAAUUAAGUUGAGUGAGAACCAAGAGAACGUGAGACAACCAGAUGACACAUACCUGACCAUGCUAGUGGAGACACACUUCCAGAUGAACUACAAUACUGGCGAGUGGAAGAGGAUACAGAAGUACCGGGAAAUAGACGAGAGUCAGCUUGUGACUGUAGCCCAGCAGCCUGCUCCGACACCUCCUCCUGCACCUACACCUGCUGCAGCUACACCGCCCACGUAACACCCGCUUCUGCAGGUUAUCUGAGUCUUCAUAGAAAAGUGUUCCUACUAUGGAUAUUUUACUUUUAAAUUACUCUUCCCUACACAGUAAAUAAUGUAGCUUUUUAGGCAGUUCUUUUUAAAACUGAAUAUGAAAUUCAUCAUUUCAAUAAUUUUGUUUUUGUGUACAAAUUUAUUAGUUAGCAUUGGAGAGGUGCAUAUUUCAUUGCUCAUGUAUUUUUAUGAACUUUUUGUUUUUGUAAAUUUUCAAAUAUACUACAUUGUAUGAAUUUAUAGUCAGCCUAGAUAUAAAAUUUCGUAAAUGUACAUUGUUGUGAUAAAGUUAAAUAAUAAUUGAUGAAGAUGG